UUGCACGUGCUAGUAAACUGCAAUCCAAUAUUCCUUCACGGCACCGUCUCAAACAGCUCCGCUCUUGUUGCAGGUGAAAUUGCUUCAGCCAACAGCCGCUUUUCAGGUGUUUCUUUGUUAAUGUCACCAUCGACAGUCUCAUCAGUGGUGUUUUAUUCGUCCUUUUCGAGCUGGCAGGCCUGUUGGGUGAGGUGAAGAAGUCAUCCACUUUCAGCCCCACCCAGAUACUUGCUCCUCAGUGAUAUGCACCUGUCUGGCAAGCACAUACCCACUCAGCUGAAGGCAUUUUGUUUGGACUGUUUGGAGGACCGGUCAUCACACAGAGUGAAAAAGUGCCCUUUACUGUGCCGUGACACACAGCAAGUCCUCAGUCCUGUCACGCUAGACAUAACAGCCAUGGACCCUCAGGUGUGCCCGCUCCCGCUUAGUAGCAACCAGUCAUUGAUAUCGGUCCUUGACAAAUCCCCAGCCAGUGUAUACAAAUCUGGCCACUCCAGGAGCAGCAGCACUGGCUCCUCCAAACAUUCAAAGCAGUCUCGUAACUGGGAAGUGAUGGAGGACUUGCAACAACUGGAACAGAAUUCUGUUCCUGGCUCCUCUCUGGAUCUCAGUAUUCCUGGGAUAUGCGAGGGCUUUUUGAUGAAGAGGAGGAAAUACCCACUCAAGGGCUGGCACAAGAGAUACUUCAUGUUGGAGAAGGGAAUUCUGAAGUAUUCAAAGACACAGCAAGAUAUUCAAAGAGGAAAACUUCACGGCUCAAUGGAUGUCAGUGUUGCUGUCAUGUCCGUUAAUAAAAAGUCUAAACGUAUAGACUUGGAUGCUGGAGACAAUCUCUACCACCUGAUGGCCAAGAGCCAUGAUCUCUUUUACAUUUGGUUGACAAAGCUGUGUGCCCAUCGUGUAUUUCGAAAGAACGAAGCGAUGAGCGUCCAACGUGGAGUGCUUCACGCACUCUCUCUUGGCCAUAGUUCCCUGCCAGCUUUAAACAAUCUGGCCCAGAAAAAAAGACCCUCGUUGCCCAUCUAUGCCAGCUCGGCAUCAAUGUUCCAAACAGAGAUGGAAAGCCCCUCCCAGACGGUUGCCUCCCAUCCAGGCGUGACCAACAAGGUAUCAGCCUGGCUGCAGCAGACCAAUGACAUUGAUGCAACUUCCAAUGACUUGACUCGUUGUCAGACAGACCUGACCGAACUCGCCCUUCUGAUCCAGCGACUCCAUUGGCUCGAGGGAGGCUAUCCAGUCACAGACACAGACUUGGAGAUGCGCAUCAGCAUGCAGAAUCUUUCCUUGGAGAAACCCAAGAAGACUGGCAAAUCGUAUGGCCAUUCCAGGACCUUGUCUCGUGUGGAAGCUAUGGGAGGAUUCACUCCCAGCCACCUUAGUACCAACUUCAGUUCUGUCCAAUCUAUCCCGGACUAUGUGUACUCGCAGCUGUCUAAUCCUCAAGCCAUCUCACCAGAGGCCAAGAAACUCCAACAGGACAUCUGUAUAGUUUCGCAAAGAGUUUUUACCUCUCUCAAGUCUGUUCAUGAAGUGUUGACCUUGGAGAGAGAAAGACUUAGACAGGCCUGGACUGGCCCAGAUCUGAGGCGGGACACCUCAGAACAGCUCGCGACACUAUGCAGUACACUCUCAGAGUUUGACAUACAGUCUCAUCUGACCAAAGUCCAUUCACUUUCCUUGUCCUCGGAAUCUACUGAGGAAUCCUUCUGCACUGUUCAAGCAGACCAGAGGACACCAUCUUUUAGUCGUAGUCAACGUGCACCAUCUGUGGCUGAUUCCAUGGCAGAGUAUUUUGAUGCCAGUGAAGUGAUUUUGUGUGAGACCUCCUCUGAAGCGGAGGCUUCAGAUGAAUCCGGUCUGAGUGACAUCACCACAACCAGCACAUCGGAGCCUGACGAAGGACAGGCCAACGCCAACCUCAAAUACAGAGCCAGUCUCAGGAAUGCGACUGACAAACCCACCCCCAUAUCUGACACAGGUCGCCGCACUUGUAUCCCAGCCCCAGGAACGGACAACAGCCACAUUGGCAUCAUGAGCAUCCUGUACAACAACAUUGGCAAGGACCUUUCGAGGGUUUCCAUGCCCGUGGCUCUCAACGAACCUCUGUCUUUGCUCCAGAGAGUGUCAGAAGAGCUGGAGUACUCUGAGCUGCUUGACAUUGCUAAUCAUACCGAUGAUCCAUAUGAGCGUAUGGUAUAUGUUGCGGCAUUUUCUAUUUCUGGCUAUGCGUGGGCAUCCUGGAGGAAUCGCUACAAACCUUUCAAUCCUGUUCUUGGAGAAACAUAUGAGAGUCACAGAGAAGACAGAGGUUUCCGCUAUGUUAGUGAGCAGGUUAGCCAUCACCCUCCCAUCUCUGCCUGCCAUGCAGAGUCGACAAACUUCACUUUCUGGCAAGAUCAAAGAUGGAAGAACAAAUUUUGGGGGAAGUCGGUAGAGAUCAUCUCCAGUGGACCUGUCAAUGUUACUUUGCCCAGGUCUGGUGAUCACUAUGAAUGGAACAAGGCAGUUACUUGCAUUCACAAUGUGCUGAGUCAGCAGCGUUGGUUGGAGCACUAUGGUGAGGUGGUCAUCAGAAACAAAGAGAGCGAUGUCUGCACCUGCAAGAUUAGUUUUGUCAAGUCUCGGUACUGGACUUCGGACAGCAGUAAAAAUGGGGUUCAGGGUGUGGUUCUGGACCGGGCUGGAGAGGUUGUCCAUCGUUUCGGAGGCUUCUGGCACGAGGGCAUCUUCUGCGACACGCUGCCGACGCCAAAGUGCAUUUGGAAGCCAAAUGUGCAGCCCGAUGACCACUUCCAAUACUAUGGCUUCUCCCACUAUGCCAGAGAGCUAAAUGAACUUACACCUGAAAUGAAAGCUGUCCUUCCACCAACAGACACACGUUUUAGACCAGACCAGAGGCUCUUAGAGGAGGGAAAAGUAGCAGAGGCGGAUAAAAAGAAGGAUGAAGUGGAGGAGAAACAAAGGGAGAGGAGAAAGGAGAUGGCCAAGCAAGGGAAGCAGCACAUCCCGAGGUUCUUCAGGAAAGAAGUUGAUUCGGAUGACCGAGAAGUGUGGCUAUACAACGGAACGUACUGGAAUCUCCGUAAAGAACCGGGCUUUGCUAAUACUGAGAACCUAGACCUGUGGUAGGAUGUCUGCCUUCGGUUUAGUUCUCAGCUAUGGAAAUGUAAAAGGAAUGAUAUCCACCACCCUUUUUGUCGAAAUUGUUUCACACCCACCUAGAGCGUACCUGAAUAUAUAUUACAGAAUGCUGCUACUGUCGGGAUGGAGAGGCUGAGGAACUUUAAAAGCAUCCAUGAACCUCUGUUGUUGUUGUUUUGUUUUUUGGACCACAGGGAUGAGGUGCCAUCUGUGGAACAUUUGAAGACAUUUUUAACGCUGUCUGAUGUUUUAACCUCCCCUUAUUGCCUACCUCCUUUAGAUAAUUCUAUGAGCACUGAAAUCCUCUUGAUUUAAAAGUUUACCUUGCAUCCCAUUUAGGGGUGCGAGUAAAAUAAAAUAAAUAAAUCCUGGUAAAAAUGUUCAUAUGUUACUGAAAAUAUGUAUAUUUAAUUUUAUAAGCCAAGCCAAAAAUCAUAUUUCCUGUCAUUUUUAGUUGGGCUAGGGUGUGGGAAGUUUUACACGUGGACUGGGGAUGUCCGUUUUUUGGACUUUUUACCGACGAGAUGCACACUGUAUUUUAACGUGGUCACAAAGGUCCUUUGUAAAUGUAGCACUAUUCCUUGAUGUUCUUGCUCACUUCAAAGAUUGUCCCAAUAUAUUAGAGAAUAUCAUCAUCAUCUCUUUUGACUUUAAAAUUUUCACUUGAAGGAAAAUACUCUUGAACCCCAGUCACAUUUUCCUCCGACUGUUUAGCUUUGUAAUAAAGUGUUUGAUAAUCAGCUGAUUUACUUCCUGGUUUUAAUGAAUUAAAUGAAUCUCUACUCCA